GGCCCUAAAAGGAUAAAAAGAAAAAAGAAGUAAAUUGUCUGAGUAGGCGAGGGAAACAAGAUUUGGAGAGACAGGUCUGGGAGACUGUGCUGGAAGGGAGCAGCCGUGAUCAUGUGGGGCAAUGGGAGAUGGACACUCUCUCUUUGGCCUUGGCGAGUAGCACCUCGAUGUAGACUCUCAGUUCCCAGACUGGGGCCGGAACCUGGGCCACAUGGGUGAAAGCACCAAAUCCUAACCACUCGACCACCAGGGAACUCCCUACCUUUGUUCUCUUGAGAGCAAAGCCAGAAGAGUUUGGGAGGAGAAGCACAGCAGAGAGGAUGUGGAAAGUUGAGUCUAGCGAGUCAUGUGACAGCAACCCCAGGUGUUUGCAGGCGGCGAGGGGGUGGGCCCGGCAGAGAGCUGGGGGCAGAAUGCGCCGGUCAGAGGGACCAGCCCGUGUGCUGGUGUAUGGCCAUGAGGCCAGCCUGGCUGGAGCAGAAGGAGCCAGCGGGUCAAAGAAACGGAGCUGAGCUCAGAGAGAACCAACCCCAGACUUGUGCUUAUCUGACUCGAGGGCAUUGCUCUGUUUAGGCAUGUCUGGCUAUGGAAUGGAGUUUUGUGGUAAGGGUCCUUCCUGCGUUUGGUGGCUUCCUUGAAGUGGCUCAGUGGGCGCCUGCAGCCUCACGGUUCCUGCUCCCUCCAGCCAUGACUCACAGAAUCCUUCUGCUGACAGCCUUGGCCUUAAGUCAUGGGUUCAACCUGGACACGGAAAAUGCAGUCGUCUUCCAGGAAAAUGCAAAUGGCUUCGGGCAGAGCGUGGUCCAGCUGGAGGGGUCGAGGCUGGUGGUUGGAGCCCCCCAGGAGGUAAGGGCUGCCAACCAAACAGGUGGCCUCUACCAGUGUGACUACAGCACAGGCACAUGUGAGCCUAUCCGCCUGCAGGUGCCCCCAGAGGCUGUGAACAUGUCCCUGGGCCUGUCUCUGACGUUUGCCACUAAUCCGUCCCGGCUGCUGGCCUGCGGCCCUACUGUGCACCAAAUUUGCAAGGAGAACACCUAUGUGAACGGCCUCUGCUUCCUGUUUGGAUCCAACCUACAUCAGCAGCCCCAGAGGGUCCCAGAGACCCUCAGAGGGUGCCCUCAGCAAGAGAGUGACAUUGCCUUUUUGAUUGAUGGUUCCGGUAGCAUCAACCGGUUAGACUUUCAGCGGAUGAAGGAGUUUGUCUCCACUGUGAUGGGUCAAUUCCAAAAGUCCAAAACCUUGUUUGCUCUGAUGCAGUACUCUGAAGACUUCUACACUCAUUUCACCUUCAAUGAUUUCAAGAGAAACCCUUCCCCAGAAUUGCUGGUGAGGCCAAUAAGACAGCUGCUGGGGAGGACUCACACCGCCACGGGAAUCCGCAAAGUAGUAAGAGAACUGUUUCACAGCAAGAGUGGAGCCCGGGAGAAUGCCCUUAAGAUCCUAGUUGUCAUCACGGACGGAGAAAAGUUCGGCGAUCCUUUGGGGUAUGAGGAUGUCAUCCCUGAAGCGGAUAGAAAGGGCGUCAUUCGCUACGUCAUCGGGGUGGGAGAUGCCUUCAACAGUUGGAAAUCUCGUGAGGAGCUUAAUACCAUUGCAUCCAAGCCGUCUGGUGAUCACGUGUUCCAGGUGACUAACUUUGAAGCUCUGAAGACCAUUCAGAACCAGCUUCAGGAAAAGAUCUUUGCGAUUGAGGGUACACAGACAGGAAGUACCAGCUCCUUUGAGUAUGAGAUGUCUCAGGAAGGCUUCAGUGCAGCCAUCACCUCUAAUGGUCCCUUGCUGGGCGCUGUGGGGAGCUUUGACUGGGCUGGCGGAGCCUUUCUGCAUAUGCCAAAGGACAGAGUCAUUUUCAUCAACACCACUAGGGUGGAUUCAGACAUGAACGAUGCUUACUUGGGUUAUGCUGUCGAAGUCAUCUUGCGGAACCAGGCGCAAAGCCUGGUCCUGGGGGCGCCUCGAUAUCAGCACACUGGCCUGGUGGUGAUGUUCAAACAGAAUUCAGGUGCCUGGGAGAAAAAUGCCGACAUCAAGGGCAGCCAGAUCGGCUCCUACUUUGGGGCCUCUCUCUGCUCCGUGGACGUGAACAGAGAUGGCAGCUCCGACCUGGUCCUCAUCGGGGCCCCCCAUUACUAUGAGCAGACCCGGGGGGGCCAGGUGUCUGUGUGUCCCUUGCCCCAGGGGAGGGCUAAGUGGCAGUGCCGGGUCAUUCUCCGCGGGGAGCAAGGCCACCCCUGGAGCCGCUUUGGGGCAGCCCUGACAGCGCUGGGGGAUGUGAAUGGGGACAAGCUGACGGACGUGGCCAUUGGGGCCCCGGGGGAGCAGGACAACCGGGGUGCUGUCUACCUGUUUCACGGAACCUCGGAGCUGGGCAUCAGCCCCUCCCACAGCCAGCGGAUUGCAGGCUCCCAGCUCUCCCCAAGGCUCCAGUAUUUUGGGCAGUCCCUGAGCGGGGGCCAGGACCUCACGAUGGAUGGACUGAUGGACUUGGCUGUAGGGGCCCAAGGCCAUGUGUUCCUGCUCAGGUCCCAGCCUGUGCUGAGAGUUGAGGCAUCGAUGGUGUUCAAACCCAGGGAAGUGGCGAGGAAUGUGUAUGAGUGUCGUCAACAGGCGGCGAAAACCCAGAUUGCUGGCGAGGUCCAAGUCUGCCUCCAAGUUCGCAAGAGCACAUGGGACCGGCUGAGAGAAGGAGACACCCAGAGCAUCAUCACAUAUGACCUGGCUCUGGACCCGGGGCGCCCCCAUCCCCGGGCCGUCUUUGAGGAGACAAAGAACAAUACACGCAGACAGACCCAGACGCUGGGGCUGAGCCGGAAAUGUGAGCACCUGACGCUGUGGUUACCGGAUUGCGUGGAGGACUCAGUGACGCCCAUUGUCCUACGCCUCAACUUCUCUCUGGUGGGAAAGCCUGCAUCCUCUUUUGGGAACCUCCGGCCAGUGCUGGCUGUUGAUGCUCAAAGACUCUUCACAGCCUUGUUUCCCUUCGAGAAGAAUUGCGGCAAUGACAGCAUCUGCCAGGAUGACCUGAGCAUCACCUUCAGUUUUAUGAGCCUGGACACCCUGGUGGUGGGUGGUCCUCGGGACUUAAAAGUGACCCUGACCGUGAGAAACCAGGGCGAGGACUCCUACAGAACUCAGGUCACCUUCUUCUACCCGUCUGGCUUGUCCUAUCGGAAGGUGUCAACCUCCCAGAACCAACGCUCCCAGAGAUCCUGGCGCCUGGCCUGUGAGUCUGAUGUCUCCACUGAAGAGUCUACGGCCUUGAAGAGCACGAGCUGUAGCAUAAACCACCCCAUCUUCCCGGACAACUCAGAGGUCACCUUUAAUGUCACAUUUGAUGUGAAUCCUGAUGCUUUUUUUGGAUACAAACUCCUUCUCAAGGCCAACGUGACCAGUGAGAACAACAUGCCCAGCAGCAACAAAACCGAAUUCCAGCUGGAGCUGCCUGUGAAAUACGCUGUCUACGUGGUGGUUACCAGCCUUGAGGUUUCCACCAAAUAUUUCAACUUCACAGCCUCGGAGAAGACCCGCCACGUCAUAGAGCAUCAGUAUCAGUUCAACAACCUGGGUCAGAGGAAGCUCCCCAUCAGUGUGGUCUUCUGGGUCCCCGUUCGGCUGAACCGAGUGACCGUGUGGGACCAGCCCCAGGUCACCUUCUCCCAGAACCUUUCCAGGAGCUGCUCUACCGAGGAGAUCGGCCCCCGUCACUCUGAUUUCCUGGAGAAGCUUCAGAAGACUCCAGUGCUGGUGGGAAUAAGCCUAACCCCAGCCGGGGGGCUGCACGCAGCCUCCACAUUGGCCCCUCACCGGUGCCCAGUACCGCGGGGUGGGGGUGGGGAAGAUGCAUGCACGGGGCGUUUCCUGCGUCCAGCUCUCUUGGUCACCCGUCUCCUGUCUUGCCUUUCUCAGAACUGCUCCAUCGCUGUCUGCCAGAAAAUCCAGUGUGACAUCCCAUCCUUCGGCAUCCAGGAAGAACUCAAGGUCACCCUCAAGGGCAAUCUCUCAUUUGACUGGUACAUCAAGACCUCGCAUAACCACCUUCAAGUGGUGAGCACCGCGGAGGUCUUGUUUAAUGAUUCGCAGUUUGCCCUGCUCCCAGGACAGGAGGCCUUUGUGAGGGCCCAGACAGAGACCAAAGUGGAGCCGUACGAAGUGCAUAACCCUCUCCCACUCAUCGUGGGCAGCUCGAUAGGGGGGCUGGUGCUCCUGGCCCUUAUCACUGCCGGACUGUACAAGCUCGGCUUCUUCAAACGCCAGUACAAGGACAUGAUGAGUGAACCUGUUCCUGAACCUGCUGUGCCUCAGUAACGGCUCCUUCCCCCUCAAGUGGCCUUUCCUGCAGCAAAUAGGAUGUGGGUGGACCAAGGAGCAGGUCCCCAGGCUGCUGGACGGACACGUCUGUUAGGAGACCAGGGCAGAGAUGUCUUAGGAGCGACCAGUUUGGGCUUCCAUUCGUGUGUGUGUGUGUGUGUGUGUGUGUGUGGGCGCGCCUGCAUGUGUGAGUGUGGCUGAGUUGGGUGCGUGACGCAGAUGUCCCUUGCAUGGGAACAAGUGCCUUCAGCACAAUGUCUCGUGCAGAAGGGAAUUGCUUGGGCUUCCUUUGGUGGGUGGAGGCGCCCUUGACUCUUCCUGGGGGACAGGUGCUUUCUCUUGGGGAGGUGGCGGGGACACAAACGGAGAUGCAGUAUGUCCUCCCGGACUGAAGGUGGCGAGAGCUCCUUUCAUGGGCGCACAUGCAGGCCUGCGGGAGCCUGUGCCGCUGCGGCCAAGGCAGCCCGGACAGCCAGCCAGCCAGCCAGCUGGAGCCCAUCCAACCUGUGCCACCCGCACUAGAGCUGAUAUGCCCCAUGAGCCAUGAUGCCCCUCCCCAUAUGUCUUCGCUUAUUUAUUAUUUUAACGCUCCUUUUAUGUCUUGGAUGGAUCUGUGCAGAGUACGAACAUCAAAAGACAACGCAGGGGCGUGCAGUAAAAAAGCUGCCUUCCAUCCUGUCCACCCGCCCCCGCCACCAGCUGUUCAGGUCCCUCAUAAAAGGUAGUCAGGGUUAUGUGUUUUGGGGUCUCCUUCACAAAGGUUCUAGGCAUAUGCGCGCGUGCACGCGCAUGCACACACACAUACACACACACACACACACACACACACACGCUAUUGUACACAGAUGGCAGGCUGCAUUAUUUAUACUGCUCUGCGUCUUGCUUUUCUCAUUAAUAUGGCUCAGACAUUGGUUUCUAUCAAGACGUAAGGUCCUUUUUCGUUCUUUUGUUCAGAGGCACCGUGUUCCACUGGGAAGGUGGAGCACCACGUCCUUCACCAGCCUCCCUCUGGUAAACUAUUCCCAACCUCUCGCGACGACCGACAAGGGUGAAUGAAUAAACUGAAUGCAUGUCUUUUUUUGCAUCCCGUGUAAGA